CAAACCCAAAGGGGUGACAUGUAAAUCGUCCCCAUUUGGCCUUCAAUAACUUAUUAAACCCCAUGAGUACUCCACUUACCAAACGACGCAGAGCUGGUCAAACCUCUGUUUGACUCUCUGCAACCAAAUUAAAACCGCCUGCCACCAACCCCCACCACCAUCUCCGCCGCCACCUCCUCCCUCAUCUCCACCGUAACGCCACCGACAAAAUCCAAACACAUUUCACUUUUUAAAUAAAGAUAAACACCACAUUAUCAACUCCCGCCGUAUUCAUCGGUCAAGAUAUCGCACAUUCAUCCUAAAUUUUUGUUAGAUUUUCUACACAGGGGCAAAGAAGUAAAGCUCUCCGAAAAGUAUGGCGGAUUCAGGUUCUCGUUCUACUUUUACCCUCGAAAGAUUUCUCUCUCAAGACACUGCAUUAGCGGAAGACGACGAUGAAGACGAGUUAAACGAAUAUGAAUCAUCCACUCAAGACGAAGAAUAUCUUCGAAUUUUACUUGAUAGAGAGAGGGAUCGUAAUCACAUUCGAUCACCUGUAGAUGAUUGGAUUAAAGUCGGUCGAUCGGAAGCAAUCCAAUGGAUAUACAAUACGAGAGCGUUUUUCCGACUCCGAUUCCACACUGCCUACUUGUCUGUAAUAUACAUUGAUCGAUUUCUUUCAAAAGGACUUAUCAGUAGUGACAAGAAUUGGGCGAUUCGAUUGCUAUCGGUUGCUUGUUUAUCGUUGGCGGCAAAGAUGACGGACUUGAAAGCUCCGGCUUUAUCAGAGUUUCCGGCUGAAGAAUACAAUUUCGAGAGCAAUACGAUUCAUAGAAUGGAGCUUUUGGUAUCGACCACAUUAGAUUGGAGAAUGCAUUCAAUAACUCCGUUUAACUUCAUCAGCUGCUUCAUUCCAUGCUUCUGCAAUGAAUCUUCAAACAGAGAGUUUGUGCCUCUAACUACACAAAUCCUUUUAGCUACAACAAAAGAUAUUAAUUUCGUUGGAUAUCGAUCAUCUACCAUAGCAAUGGCAGCUACACUGAUGGUGAUAGAUCAAAAUUUGACGAAAGAAUCUUUGGAGAUGAAACUGAAGAGCACUUGGUUGAAUCGGUUUCUUGAUCAUGGUGAUGUGUACAGUUGUUAUUGUCGAAUUUUGGAACUUGAACCUGUAAAAGUUACGGUCUCCAAAGCGGAUUUAGCAACGGGUUUGGAGAAUCUACCGGCUGGCACAAAAAGGAAGAGGCUCGCUUUCAACGAAUGCGAAAAGAAGCAACUCCCAUGAGCCAAUGAAUCUAGUCCAAUUUACUUCGUUUGUUACAGUUUUUAGGAUUUUAUGUGUUCGUUUUGGAUAUAAUUCGUGGAUUUCAAAAUUUUGUAUAAGGGAAUGUGGGAAAAAGGAUAAAUAAAUUGAGCACGACUUGGAGGUGUAGAAUUACUAUAUAAUUGAGGU